CCAUCCUCGGCGUUUACCUGUAGAGCGACGAAAGACUUUAGGUCUAGAAACUAAGCAUUGAGUCUACCCUGUGCUACACACUUGCACUCCUCACGCGCACAGGUAAAGCAGAUGUCGGCUCACCCCAUAGACUUACAUCGUAGAAUCGUAGGCUACACAAGAACCUAUCGACAGCCCUCGGAGCUGUGUGUUGCAUGCACAGGAGAGUCCGCAGUGAAUUGUUCCAGAUACGCCCGUGAACAGACAGUAGGAGGAAAGGAAUUCUUCCUGCACUUGAAAACAGCUUGGACUUUUCCCGCUCGUCAACUGAAAUCCAAUGUCCUCCAAGACCAAGUGCGAGGGUGGGGGGCUCGCCCAGAUGAUGUCCUUCGACUGUCUAGGCUUCCUACCUGGAGAUGACGUCAUCCAGGCCAUGGAAAUCGAGCUGAUGAAAAGAUGGGGACUCUCCAUUGAUUUCAAACAGUCCGACUCGCCGCCUAAAGCAAUAGGGGGAAAAAAUCGAACGAACCGAGAUACCACUGAACUUGAGCAAGCCGCGAAUGAAGUUACUGAAUCAACUGCCAUGAAAGAAAAGGCUGAAGUACAGAAGACAGAAUGUAACGGUAGUGAGGGCAGCAUUGAUACUCCCACUAGCGUCGGCAGUAGUUCACGUACAAAUCUUGUUUCUGAUAGCUCGGUUGCAAAUGACGGAAACGUCAUGGGACACGUGGUGGCCUCAAAAACAGCAGGAAAUAACGUUGAAGAGAAUGUGCAGAGACUUUAUGAUGAAGCGGUAGAGAUUUUGAAGAAAGGGAACUACUGCGACAGUCUCAUACUCGUAGACGACGCCCUGGAGUUGAUCGGUCCAGAUGACUGGCCCAGUUGUCGUCCGCGGUGGUGGAUUCUCAAGGCCAAGGUCCUCAAUGCCAUGGGGGAUCAUGUGGAAGCUUUGAGGUCACUUCAAAAAGUCAAAAUCAAAGACAGAUCAGAGGACGCCUGGAUAGAGGGAGCCACCGCCCUUGGAAAGCUUGAACUGCACGUGACAUCAGAGGUCUGGUUGAAGAAAGCGCUGCUGAGUUGUAUGAAACCUGCGGGUGGUGAGCAGAGGACAUGUCCAAGGAAACUCACACACAUGCUGCAGGCUGUGCGCUCUGGGAGAAUCUACGACCCUCUUGUCAAGGACACGCCGAUAGAGAUCAAUUUUACGGGAAAUGGCCGGGAAGUCCGAGCAGAACGGAAGAUUUCUCGAGGCGAGACCAUCUUCAAGGAACUGCCAGAGAUUCUUGACCAGAGCAUCUCUUCUCACAAACGCACCGCCUGUGACCGCUGUGGCCGAUCACUGGUCAAGCCAGAGGAUAUAUUUUCCAAGGGUCAUCUGGCUUGUGCGGAGCUACAAAAAGCCUUCAAACGGUUUUGGCCAAAGAAAACCCCAGUGUCAUGUGGCUCGUGUGAUCGAGUGGUUUACUGCAGCGACUCAUGCCGGCUGGAAGCUUGGGGCAGUUAUCAUCGUGCCAUCUGCCCGUCUUCACCGGAAACAACUGCAGCCAUGUUGUAUGACGUCAGAAAGUCCUUCCGGGAUGUCAUGGCGUCAGACGGCUCUAGCUGGCAAGGCUGGUGGAACAACGAGUUCAGCCCGACGCUCAUGGCCAAAGUUUGGGCCUCGAUAAUGUGUCAAGCAAAGUUAUUGGCCGCUUCUGAUGGCAGAGAAUCUGCUACCAAAUCUGAUUGGUUUACUGCUGGGUCUCAGUUUGAAAAGUACAGCACCAGUCGCGAUGAACCGGUGAAAGAAGUCGUACCCAAAAUGUUUGAGCUCCUCAACUGCCAUUUCAGACGAUGUAAAGUUCUGCAUUACGAUAUAACUGAGAAGAAUUUCAACCGGAAGUACCACCAAAUCGCGACAAACUACAUCACAUUCUAUGACGCAUCCGACCCUUUGCGGAAAUUUGUCGAUAAAGUGACCACGGACAACAAAAUGUACAAAAGGAUUGGGAAGUAUUUCCACGAACCACUACCCAAAGCUGAGUUUCACGGAUUAUUCCCCAUGGCUUCUUGUCUGAAUCACAGCUGCGCUCCGAACGCAAUGUUGGAGUGUGUUGACGUUGACGGCCGGCCAGGAAUCAGGAUUAUCGCCACCUCAGACAUAGACAACGGGGAGGAGAUCCGUAUCAGUUACGUGGAUUCACGCCUUGAACGUAAAGAAAGACGUCGCAAGUUGUUGAAGCGAUUUGGAUUCUUAUGCCAGUGUUUGAAAUGCCAGCACGAGGGGGAUUUCCCUGAAGUUUGCACGUACUGUGGGAAAAACGCUGACAUCACCGACCGUGAAAGCAUCCAAGCCACUGCUUCCGGUGCUAAGACUGUCAACGUCACCGCUACCGUUAUUGACAACGUCACCGCUACCGAUAUUGAGAGUGACAACGUCACCGCUACCGGUACUAAGAGUGACAACGUCACCGCUACCGGUACUGAGAGUGACAACGUCACCGCUACCUGUACUGAGAGUGACAAUGUCACCGCUACCUGUACUGAGAGUGACAACAUCACUUGUACUGAGAGUGACGACAUCACUUGUACUGAGAGUGACAACGUCAGCGCUACCAGUACUGAGAGUGACAACCUCAGCGCUUCUGGUACUGAGAAUACCCAAACCUCGAGCCUUACAGAGGAUGCAGCGGCUGAGCGUAGAACGCCGGGAGGUGGCGACGCCAAAAUCACAUCAGCGCUGGCAGCAGGUGCAGAUUCAGAGUCAGCGAGUGACACGAGCAGUUGCAGCUUGCAAACAGAAGAACAAGCCUCCAUAGAAGGAGAAAGAACAAAAUAUAAACCGGAAACAAACCAAGAACCGAAAAAAAUCGACUCGAAACCAGAGAAACAAAUGGACGAUUCACAAAAGGGUAGUGCCAACGACAGUGAAACCCGGGCAGCAGAAACGAACUCUACUAACUCUAAAUCCGUGAGUGACUCAUCGGAUGAGGUGAAGACAGCAGCGGUUGGAGUGGAACCUAUAAUCAGCGACAGUAAAACCCAGGCAGCAGAAACGAACUCUACUAACUCUAAAUCCGUGAGUGACUCAUCGGAUGAGGUGAAGACAGCAGCGGUUGGAGUGGAACCUAUAAUCAGCGACAGUAAAACCCAGGCAGCAGAAACAAACUCUACUAACUCUAAAUCCGUGAGUGACUCAUCGGAUGAGGUGAAGACAGCAACGGUUGGGGUGGAAGCGGCAAAGAAAUUCCCCACCUGUGGUCGAUGCAAGAAGGCGUGGUACUGCUCGCAGCGCUGUCAGAAGGAAGCAUGGAAGAAGGGGCACAAGAAGAUUUGCGUCAAAGUUUGACUCGAAAGAUACGGUAUUGGUGUCAUCGUCAUCGUUUUCACGGAAGUUAAGAAUACGUUUGGGUCAUAAUUUGUCUCGAAAUCGAAAGACGUGGGCAUUUUGUGUCAAAAGUUUGGGGCGAAAGAAUGCAACGGGAUUUGUGCCAAAUUUAGUCUCGUAGAUUUCUCUUGUUAAUAAUUGGUGUCUUAUUCUGUUGUUUCUUGCUUUGCAUUGUGCGUUAGUCUGUGACAAUUGCCAUGAAGGCUCGCGAGUCGAGGGAGGGGAGAGAAAGUGAGAAAAGAAGAGAAGAGAGAAAGACAGACAGACAGACAGACAGAC